AUGGAUCUCGACUCUUCUUCCCCCUCUUCUUCCUCUUUUCCCCCCUCUUCCUCCUCUUCUUCCUCUACCUCCUCUUCCUCUUUUUCCCCCCCUUCUUCCUCUUCUUCCUCUUCCCCUUCUUCUUCCUCUUCCCCCUCUUCUUCCUCUUCCCCCUCUUCCUCUUCUUCUCCCUCUUCUUCCUCUUUUGCGUCGUCUCUUUCAUCCGCGCUAGAUUCGGUAGAUCCUGAAGAACUGUUUCGGGACUUGGACUCGAUUGUCACUGCUGGAGACGUCACAACCCUGGUGGCUCUGCUGCGCCGCUCUCUGUACUGUCGGCGGUCUUCGCCGGGAUGCUCGCGAAGGCCCCGCCCCGCAACUGUGGGGAAACCUCGGCCUCUGGCGACUGCGAAGCUCCGGGGCUGGCUCGUGGAAGUCGCCGCGCCUUGCCCCUGUCUCCUGGAGCACGAACGCAUCGCGAUGGAGGACGGCGGCGGUGCUUGCGGAGCACAUUUAAAAAAAGGCGACAUCGGUUUUCGGUGCCUCGAUUGCGAACACGACUCCACCUGCGUCGUCUGUGCUCCGUGUUUCUUGAAUGCAGACCACGCGUCGCACCAUUACAUGAUUAUCCAGGCGAGCGGGGGUUGCUGCGACUGCGGAGAUCCUUCGUCUUGGGCGCCCGCGGGGUUUUGCUCGAAGCAUCGGGGCGUGACUCCCGAGAUGGACGGGCCCGCGUCCACGCUGUCUCUGCCGCCUUUCCUGCGUCUCCGCAGCCAGCGGCACAUCUCUGCAUGCGUCGGCUUUGUCACGCAGCGCCUGCGAAAGCUUCCGCGCGAGACGCUCUGGCGCUCGGCGUCCCGGCGCCACCUCCAGGAGAGUCUCGCUGACGUCCUCCUCUCUGCGCAGCGCGAACUCGAGCUCUUCCACAGGCAGCAGCGAGAUCUCGAGGCGCAACGCCUGCAGGCGACGCCCCGAGACGGCGCACGCGCCCCGGAGACUCGCGCGAGUUCCCAGGCCUCUUCUCGAGCUGAGGGUCGCCCGCAGUCCCCCAGAGACAGACAGGGAGAAGACGGAGACGUGCGAGGCGUCAGCUUGGAGAGAGAGCAGGGGGCGACUCGGCGGCGUCGGCAUCUUCGUCCGCACACUCCGGAGCCGCCCGGAGCAGACGCGAGCGAGGCGCCAGAAUCUCCAGCUGCGCUUCGCGAGGAGACGCCUCGAAACCCCUUCGACUUUCAGUUGUGGGGCGAGGCUCUUCGCCUCACCCCGGAGGAAGUCGCCGCGCUGACGGUUGCAGCGGUCGCCGGGCGCGGCUUCGACGAACAGAGUGCGAUCGACGCAGGAGCCCGAGCUGCGCUGGCCGCAGUCCAGGCUCGAGAGGAACAACCGAACGUCUCUUCUUCUGUUUCGGGAGCGCCGUCUGCGCGGCACUCGUCUUCCUCCGCCUCCUCUGCGCUGUCCGGCUCCGGUGCCGGCACACGGGCCGAGACCACUCGACGGCGCGAGAGACGCGCAGUGUCUCCUUCUUCGCGCUGGUGGGGCGACGAGGACGGCGGCGACGGCGAGGGGGCCGAGGCCGCAGGAACCGAGGGCGUUUCUGGGGACGCGCGUCGCGCCGCGCUUCUCGGCUCCACGGACUCUCGGCGCUGCGGGUCCGCCGACGCGCCGCCGCCGACCUCCUCUGCCCUCAGCUACGCCUCAACGAUGUCGCUCUUCUUUCUCGAUCGGCUGGUCGCCGCUGCGGCGUCUCCGGCUCCAGGAGGCGCGUCUCGCGAAGAGAGAGAAGGCAGUUCGCAGAGGCUGUCGCUCUUCAGCCCCGCCGUUGCGCCGCCAGGCCUGGGCGAUCUACUCGACCUCCGCGCGCAGCUGAGCGGCCGAGGCGGGCGAGAGAGUCGAACUGGAGACGGCGCGGUUUCUGGUGGGCGAGGCUCCGGUCGUCUCCCGCGGGCCCCGUCGCCUUUUCGGGGGUCGCAGAAUCCAGGCGACCGCCGCGAACGCGAAAGGGGCGACGGUUUGCGGCAGACGCGUUCCCUUGGGACGGCGCUGUCUCCGCCCGUUGCCUCGGAGGCUUCCAACGGGGCUCUGCUCCUCACGCAGGCUGUGAUUUCCUGGCUCUUUGAGCUCGCCUCGAAACACCUGGGCUACCGGUGGUUGGUCACCUCCAGUCUCGUCCCCAGCGCCCUCGUCCGCUGGCUCUGCGAGCACGGGACUUUCGGCGCGAGUCUCCAGAGACAGCUCCACGACUUCUACAUGCUCCUCUUCGCCUCGCCCAAGUUCAAAGCCAAGUUCGCGGGCCUCAUCCUCGAUCACUACACGCACGUCGCCAGGGGAGUCCCCCCCAGCGAGGACGACUCCCGCCGAGACGCAGACGCAGAGUCUUGUGACCUCGGCUCGCUGACGGUCCAGCUGUUCACAGUCCCGAAUCUCGCAGAGACGGCGGUGUGGGAUAAGGGCCUCGUUGCCCGAGGCGUCAGCCUGCUCAAGGAAGCGCCGACGAUGAGCUCGCCUCACGAAGUCGAACUCAUGCUGAACGGCCUCGAAUAUAUCAACCCAAAACUCAAAGGUCCGGAGAAGCGCGUGCUUCAGGAUUUGUGCUACGUCAUGUCCGAAGAGACUGUGUGGCGGCGCUUCUUUCAAGCAGACGUGCUGACAAUUUGCAGAAUCCUGCAGCCGCUCUGGGCAUUCAUGCUCCAGUUCCACCGCGCAAAUCUGCAAGUCAGGCACGCCCGCGAGCAUGUGAUGUACGAAAUGCUCCAUCAGUGGCACAAUGCAUGCAUCCUCGAGGACGAGAUGCUCCGCAUAGUCAAGAGACUGGCGAACGGUUGUCGAUCCUCGUCGCACUCUAGCUUCGCCCCUCUGGUGCCGCUGCUCUCGACCUUUCUCCCGGCGCUUCUUCGCUUGCCUCCUGUGCCGGCUAUGCGGGCGGCGCCUCCGUCUUCACCUCCCUCCUCGCUUUUCCUCUCCGCCCACGGAUGCGCGAUCGGUUCUCUCCACUCGCCGCUAACUCGCGCAUUCGUCUUCUGCCUGUGUCCCGAUCUUCUCCGCACCUCCCUCGACCCUGCGUCUGUCCCUCCGGUCUCGCCUGCCGCUGCUGCCUCCCCUGCCUCGUCCGGCGUUUCUGGCCUCUCCAGCUCUGCUUCUUCGCCGUCUGUCUCUGUCUCCGCGGUUUCGCGUUUCGCUUCUGCGCGAGAGCUGCUGUCUCUGUGUCCGCCCCGUGUCGCGUUUCUCUUGAUUCGCGAGGGGACGGCGUCGCUUCUCUUCGCCGGCGCCUUGCGCGCGGGGUACUGGGUGAGGAACGGGGAGGCGCUGAUGAAGGAACACGUGCGCGAGUACGAGCGGAGCCGCGCCGACGGCCUUGACUUGGUCUCCGUGCAAAUCGGAUUUCUGCUUCUCGCGCUCCAGAGAAAGUUCCGCCUUCACGCAACAGACCGAGACGCCGUGUGGUGUGGUGUGGCGACAGAUCAGGGGAAGGUUCCGGAAGAGAAACCGGAUGGCAGGGAGAGCCAGGCACGCGAAGAAGGGAAAAAGCGAGAAGACGCAGCGGACCUAGACGAGAAGGAAGACAGAGAAGGGGAGGGAGAGAACAACGUUGGGGCGUCGCAGCGAAGGCGAGACAGGGCUGACAGACCUCGCGAGGACGAAUGUGGAGAGGGAGCACGGGACCAGGAAGGAAACGAGAAGGCGGAACGUUUCGCGGGCGGCUCCAGGCGUCAAGACGAGAUCCAGGAGGCGGGGCGAUCGGGACUGGAAACGAAUGAGGCUCUAGAAGAAACCGCUGCGCGCGAGUUUCACCCGCUGGUCGUCUUUUUCCUGGCUUUUUGUCCUCUCCACUUUUCCCCGCAAAAGCUCCUCGAGCAACAGACCCCGGUGGACGGUCCUCCCGCGCGUUCGUCGUUUUCCUUCAUGCGCGGCGGCGUGCCGUUCCCGCUCUUGUCGCUUCGCAGCGACGCCGCGCCUCUUUCUUCUCUUCAACUCUCUUCCUUCCUCCCUCCCGGCCUGCCGCAACCGACACCUGGGGGAGGAUCGACAGGGACAACGGAUGCCCGCGCGACGCCGUCUCCCUCUUCCUCUGUGUGCAGCGACUCUUUGGAGAAGAGAGCUGCAGACGCAAUUCUCGCCUUCCACGCCGCGCUCCUGCGCGAAGCGGCGAGCCACGAGACGGUGUGGGAUCCCGCGACGAUUGAUUCGCAGGCGAUCGCCGCCGAAUUCAUCUUGCUGGAGCUGUGGAAAAUGCUCGCGAGCGUCGCUGCGUCGCUCUUCUUCCUCGAAAGAAUGAAUCUUCACCGCCUCACGGCGAAAGACAAAUACCUCAGUCGGGGUCGAGGGAAGUGUGCAGAGCGAUGGGUCUUGAGACGCCCGGGGUUUGGCAGCUGGGCAGACGAAGCCCGAAACCCUGAGGAACGAGAAAAGGACGAAGCAACUGGGAAUGAAGAUGUGGCGAGAAAGGAGACGUGCCACUCUAUCCCUCUGAGGUAUUCGCAUCUGUUGCGGCGGCAAAUUGUUCAGUUGCUUGCGAUUCAGCCGUGCACGCUGGCGCGUCUGGAGCGAGCCGUGGGGCGUUCGGGGCGGCUGCAUCCUUCGUUUCCGGCGCUCCUGGACGAGCUGACGACUUACUCGGUUUCCCGGGCGCAGAGGGGGGGCGCGAACGCAGUGCCGCAGAUCCGUUCGUCGCGGGGGUUUCUGCACGGCGGCUCGGGCCAGGCCUCCGUCUCGGCGCCGAUCCUGCGGCUGAAGAAAGAAAGCUGGAAGUUGUUCGAUGCGUUUGGCGCCGCGGAGCGACUCGUCGCAGCCGGCGUGUCCCGGAAGAGAGAACACCUCGGCACUGCCAAGGCAGACAUGCAAGUAGCAGAAGAAGAAGCACUUCGCCACCCUGACGCGCCUCUCUUGUGGCCUUCGCGGGCGGCCGGGGACAUGUCGCCCGAAUUUUUCCACAUGCAAGACCUCCUGGUGGACGCGAUGGUAGGAGACGACGAUCACCAUCUUCUUUUUCAUCUUCUUCUUCAGCUUCUCCAGGCAAAGAAUCGAGGCCCCGAUUUCGUCGCCGUCCGUCCCUCCAAUUCCCAUCCCGCCUCUCCGACAUCCACCCCGCCCGCCUCGGGCACUGCAGCCUCUCCAUCUAGUUCUCUCUCUUCUUCUGUCUCUUCUUCUCUCUCUCCUUCUCUCUCUUCUUCUCUCUCUUCUUCUGUCUCUUCUUCUGUCUCUUCUUCUCUCGCUUCGUCUUCUGCGUCAUCUGCGUCUGCGCCUUCUUCGUGUGGGGCGUUUUUGCAUGACCCGGUGUGCAGCGCUUUGAAGCUGCUGGAUGCCUUAGCUCAAGCACGGAAGCGCAGCACCGGAUUUGGCGGAAAGCAGCCAGGCGAGAAGGGCGGCGCGGCCAGUCGCGAUUUCCGGGGUUCACGCGCCCCACUGGGCACCGAAACAGAGACGGUCGAGAGCCGCAGUUCAGAGAGUGGGGUGAUUCCGCCUUCGUUUGUGGGGCGUCUCCGGUCGGAGAUCGAGAGACUCCAGGAGGCGGAGUCGACGUUCGCGGAGGUCAGGCGCUACUGCCGCACGCUUCUCUCCCGCAUGCCCGCCGAGAGGCCGGAGGCAGGAGAGAGCCUUGGCAAACAUGGCCCUGCGAUGCGCGGUGGGGACACCAGCGGAGAGCGAGAGCGCGCGGGGCAUGCAGGCGCGACCACGACCACGGAGACGUGUGACAACCGUCAGGCUGUUGGCUAUGGGGCGAGAGGAGACCAGGAGGGCGACGCCCGUGUGGGGGAGGGGGCGCCAGAGGAGACAGCAGCAGGCGCGCAGGACCAGAAGGAAGACGCCGGGCUGAGUGAAGGAGCCCGGAAACAGAGACAAAUGUUGCUGGCGAUGCAGCAGAGACAGAGGGACUUCCACUCCUUCCUCGAAGAUGCAGACAUGCUUUCGGACAGCAGUGACGCGGAGGAAACCAGCGGCGGGGGCUCGGCCGCGCCCUCGCAUGUGGAGCCUCUAGAAACGCGCGAAACCGGAGCGCCAGGCGCAGAAAGAGACUCGCGAAUGCGGGCACCAGUCCUGGUGCCCCCGCCGAGCGAGACAGGCUUCGCCACCGGCGCUAGCCAAGAUUCGCGCCCCGCACAAAUCGAAACCGAGGCGGUGUCUUCUCCGCGAGAGGGCGGGAGCCGGGAAGAGAUACGCUCAAGAGGAGACACUAGCCUUCCUGUGUCUCCUUCUCUGUCUCCGGGUCGCGCGCCCAUAGGCCCCAGCGCGCCUGUCCCUUUGGAAGUGUCCCCUGUCUCUGUGCAGCGUUCUCCGAAGCCGCUCCCCCACAAGGUGUCUCUGCAGAGGAGACAGUUGCUGACGAAGGAGGAGGAAGAAAUGCGGUGUGGGGUGUGUCUAGAGGGACACUCCGUGGUGCGGCCCCUUGCGCUUCUCGGUCACCUUUCCCAGACAAACAUGCUCCGGCGUUUGGCCCGGACGGGCCGAGGAAGCCUCCCGGCCUCGCAUCCCGCCUUCAGCUCCUGCGGGCACGUCGCCCACGUGGCGUGUCUCCGCGCCCUCCAGGAGACAGGUGCCUCCGGUCGCGCCGGGGCCCGCAACGGAGACGACGGGGUCGCGGCCGGGGCCGCAGAGGCCGCGGGCGGCCGCGAAGGCGGGCGGAGACACGAACAGGGCGCAGGACGCGAGCGCCGAGCGGCUUUGGCGGCAACGCGAAGAACGGAGGACGGCGAGAGGAGGAGACUGGACAAGCAACGUUUCUCCACGUUUGCCUGUCCAACAUGCCGGCGGAUAGGCAACUGCUACCUGGUCUACGUGCCACGCACAUCUCUCACAGUUGACGGCUCGAUCAAGGACUGGCCGCGAGAAGAAUCAGACAGAGGCUGCGCGGUGAGGAUGCGCCUCCAGGACGCCUGCCAAGAAGACGAGAGUGAUUUGCGCAAGGACGGCGAAUCGAAGAAGCGCAGCCGCCCUGGAGGCGACGAAAUGGCGGCUGACCUUUCUGGAGCCGUCAAACCCCGGAGAAAGCAAAGGAACUCGAGUUGUCUCAAAGAGGAGGAGGACGAAGAGAAAGUGGAAGAACACGCAGAAGAGCGGGAAAGCGAGGCAUGCCAGAAUCGACAGUGCUCGGGGUGCUGUAGUGGCAGCGGAAUCAGCCUGUGGGGCUGUUGGUGUCGUCGCACCCCGUUGUCGUCUCGUUCCGGGAGCAAGGGCCCCUCGGAGCGCCCGCGUCAGUUAGAGAAUGGACACUCAGUUCCUGAGGCUGCCUCCCUCUCCGUCUUGGAAAGAAUCAAACCCGGCACAGCUCCUGUAAGUCAGGCUGCGGCCACGCCACCCGUGCGCUCCUCAUCUCCCUCUUCUUCCCUGUUUUCUUCUUCGGAUCCUCCAGGAGGACGCUUUGCGUGGUACGGGGUGUGGCGCCCGAGCAUCGGCGUCGGUGUGGGGUUCGAGGCGAGUCGGCGCGGGCGGAAACGUCGAGAGAGACAGAAGGCAACGAACCACGAAGGGACGGGCGGGAGCUUCCCGAGGGUUUGCGGAUCGCCGGAUCGCCUCGCGGCUUCGAGCGACUCCAACGCGUUCCCGACAAGUCGCACUGCGAGGCCCGCGUCGUCUCCGCGAAGGGCGGGCAACCACGAGGACACAGACGAGAGACAGCAAAGAACGGAAACCGGGGAUGUGGACAACGACGCGGAGAUGGCGCCCGCGGCCUCGGGGCCUUCUGAGGCGUCGUCGAGGAGCCGCAACGACGCCUGUGAGAGACCGGCGUUCGCGGAAGAAUGUGAGGACGCACCGAGCGCCACGUCAGAGGAUUCCUCUCUCGCGCAGGACGGCGACUACUUUCCUGCAGACACGCUGGCGGAUUCCGAGGUGGAAGAAGCCAAGGCGAAGACCCGUUUCUAUCCAGUCGGGGCCACGCGCCCUCUUCCAGACUACGAGUGGGAAACACCCCGACGCGCGCCUACGCGCCGCGGGUUGACGGGAAGGCGUGCAAGAAGGCGAAUCCGAGAGAGGGAAAGAGAGGCGUCCCCCGCGUCUCUCGCUCUUUUUGGAGACGCAGGCUUCACCGCAGACGACGGCCUCGAGUCCGACGACUCCGGCGGCAGAGCCGACAGCGAGGUGUUCCGCUGGGGCGCGCUGUGCGACGCAUGCCAGUUCCGAAAUCGCUUUUUCCGCGUGCAUGCGUUUUCAAAGCCAAAGCGGAAGACGCACGGCCCGUGCUCCAGCGCCGCAGGUGUCCCCACACACGCCCAAGUCGAUACCCUGCUCUGCAGAAGGCGAAACGGCGGCCCCAUACAUCCAGACGUCUUCAUUGCAGCUUGGCGAAGCAUCGAACGGCUCGGCCACAUCUCGUGGGUUUCGCGCCGUGACUCCGCUGAGGCCUUCCUCGACUCGGCCAUCAGCGCGUUCGCGUCUGCGAAUCGGCGCCUUCCCGGUCGUCUGGCGCACACUGUGGGGUCGCCGCCUUGGCGGGAACUUCGCGAGCUCCACUACCUGCCGUUCUACCCCUGUCCCUCGAACUGGAGCCUGCCUCCCCACCCUGCGGCUUCUCCUGUGACGCAUGCGUACUUCAACUUGCACACCAAAGUGUGCGACCACAGCCGCCGCUCCUUUGAGAGCAUGGCUCGGCUCUUCCCUGGCGCGCCGCCGCUGGGAGGAGACAGCUCCGCGCACAGGGCGAGCGAGGAAGCGGGCCGCGGGCGCAGAGGCGCAUGCGGUCGCCGAGCGCGAGGACAGGCCAUGCGUGCGCUUUUUGAAGACUCGACUUUUCUCCCGCUCUUUGCUGCGGCGCGUCUCGGCCACGCAAGCGGACGGUUGGAGGGCGCCCGCGACGCGGCCGCAGCCGCGCGGAGACAGGAUCGAGGCGAGGCGUCGGAGGACGUCGUCUCCUCAGGAGCUUCGUCCACCUUGGAUCGCCGAGACCUAACUUCGCUGGCUGCUCCCCAGCCGGUUACCGCUCGGGGCGGUCGUCCAGGCCUCGGAGACGCUUCCGAGCGGCCAAGCGCACGCCUACCGCACGGCGAGGAGAACUGCGGCAGCGAAGGCGAGGAGAACUGCGGCAGCGAAGGCGAGGAGAACUGCGGCAGCGAAGGCGAGGACGCCUGGGCGGCUCGCGGGCCUCUUCCCGCGCGCCUGCCUCUCUGUCCAGACUGUGGGGGCGUGCGCGUUGCGCGGCUGAGGGCCCGAGACAGCGAAAGUCCACACGCAAACACCCUCCCGCCUGAGCUCGUCAACCAGCUGUCGCCGUGCUCGUGUUGGACGCUCGACGAGCUCUGCGCGUGGCGGGGCGCCGGCGCGGGCCUCCACAUGGAAAUUCUCGAGUGGUGUGCGUACACCAGUGUGCUGCUGCACAGCAGCCUCGAGGCUCCGGGCAGCAGGGAAGACUCGGGAGUCGUGUUCUGUGAAGAGAGAGAACCGUGGGUGCAAAUGGUUCGCAAUUGCUUCUUGCUUGAUGCGUUUCCGGCUCGCUGCUUCGCGUGGCUAGCCAGCAUCACGCACUUUGGCUACUGGAGCGCUGCCAAUCGCUUCCCUCGCUCGUAUCUCGAACUGGGAAUGGCGGCGUUGACGCCUGAGCAGGAAGCCGAGGCGAGGAGACGAGUGAGAGAGCGCGCGGCGGCCAGAGGGGCGCGGAAACGCCGCGACGAGCGAGGAGGCGACAGGACAUGCAAGUCGUCCUCUUCCACAGCGGCGGUCGGGGGAGACAGAACGCCCCGGAGAGACGGCGAGUCAAAGUGUGGGGAGCCUGACCGCGGAGCAACAGUUUCUGCCUCCGCUUCCUUUCCGUCGUUUUUCUCUGCCUUCUUCGCCUCCGCACGCGCAGGCAACGAGUCCGUAGAGCGCGGCGCCGCCGGUGCGUCUCCCAGCCAAACCCCUAAGAGAGAAGCCGCCUCGGGGGCAAAGAGGCACAGCGAGAGGGCGAGGCAGCGGGAGAACCAGAGCGAAGACCAGGCGAACGGGACAGAGGAGGCGCGAGGCCGAGCAGAAGAGAGUGUGAGUGGUCUGCAGGGCGAAGAAUCUGAGACUUCUCUUUUCACGACAGACGAAGACAAAUGCGGACUCGACCUCGAAGAAGAUAGCCGCGCCAGGCUACGUGAAAACACACGAGAGCUUCGCUGGCUUCCUCCGGCUCCAACGGUCUGGAGACGUCUCGGCGCUGCGGCCAGAGACGGAUCUUCUUCCGACGCGUCCUUCGCGUCUUCCGCGUUCGAAUCGGAGACGGAGGCGAAGGGUCAGCUCGGCGGCCGAGCCGGCGCUUCUCGUCGCGUGCGGAGAGCGCGAGAGAAACGCGCUCUCUCGGAUCCCCAGGAAACCGACCUGGAGCGAGGCGAAGCAGCUGACACGGACGCCGCAGCAGGGGGACAGAGGCGAGCCGGUACCGACGAGGGAAGCCGCGACUCCGCGUCUGCCGCCCCUUCGGUGAGAGAGCGUCAGAGAUCGCGUAGAGAGCGACGAGGCGGAGACACAGCGCGAGAGUCGCGGACGCGCCGCGACAGACGAGGAAAGGAGACGGCGCGGAAGAGGGGCGAGGCUCAGCGGGUUGGAACCUCCGAGACGCUUGGCCGCAAGAAGGCGAAGAAGAGACACGACGAGCGCUUUGAAGAGGACAAAGCGCAGAGACAACGGCUGAGACUCCUGCAGAUUGAGGAAGUGUGUCCCGUGUGGGAAAUGGAUCUCGACCGCAAGAUGCUUCUCUUCAAUCCGUGGGCAUGCGACGUGAAAGGCGAGUUCUUGAAGGCAUUUUUCUCGCGCGUCCUGAAGACCCCACAACAAAUCAGAAGGCGCUUGAGCGAGCUCCUUUGCAUUCGUGCGCUUCAAGUUGCGAACGACAUCCUUGUCGACGAAGCAGGCGCCGUCUUCGCAUCGCGAUUCCCCUCGCCUUCGCCGGCUUCCGCUGCUGGGUCUGCGGAGGACAGCUUGCGGUUUCCCAUUGAGCAUCCAGUCCAUCGGAACGCCUUUGCGGCCUUCUGGAGAGACUGGCUGCAGCCGUGGGAGGCGAGUGGUGACCUCCCGGGGACUCUGGGCGAGAGUCUCUCUUGGUAUGGCUUCUCAUAUCUCGAAAGUCUUUCGCAGCUUCGACAAACGCUGCGGGGCGAUCGGGAAGCUCCGACUCCAGGAACGGAGCGCGUUCAAGAACCGUUUCCUCGCGCGUCGGCGCUCUCCCCGUUCGCUCCGUCUGGUGUUCCUUCUGCGGUCUCUGCAGUGUCUGGACACUUUGCCGCGGUCCCUCUCCCUUCGAUGUUUCCGCCUGUGGCCUUGACGGACGCUGAGAAGGAGAACCUCUCCUUUUCUUCCCGCUACCUCUCGAGAUGUGCGCCGGACUGCAGCAAGGAGGGCGUCCAGUGGCUCUAUCGGGCCUGUCGCCGGGGGGCGGAUGUCUCGGCGCUUCUGGUUGUUUCCGAGGAGAAAAUGCCCGGAGACACUGCGCACUUUUCGCCCGGGAACGAGGGAGAGAGGGGGCCUGCCUCCGGUUCUGCAGACGUCGCGUUUUCGAACGCAGUUCCCCGACCUUCUGUGCCUGCCACGCCGGCGCCGCUGUCAGCCGUCAGCCCCAUCUACCGUGCUCUGGCCAAUGGGGUGGCGUUCAAGGCUGACCAGAACAAAGAGGUCAACGCGACGCCUCUGUUGGGGGCAUCGGGAACCGCGUACGCCGGUCCAGAUCGUCUCCAUCGGCUCGACCGCCUCCUCGGCGAAGGCGAAACGCGGGAAAUCUUCUGGAAGCUGCUGGCGGGGAAAUUGCCUCAAAAGCCUUCGCUGCUGUCCCUGUUGAAGCGCCAAGGUGCUGUCGCGACGCGCAGGGCGUCUAGGGGUGGAGAGACGCAAGCUGCCGGCGACGAAACCGAAAGCGCGAGAAAAAGAUGGACCGUUUCCAGAAGCGACGAGGAGGCGCGGGAGGAGACCGGCGACGCAGGGGCAAGCUGCGGGCAGAGGAAGAGACGGGAAGGGGAGGAGACACGUGCCAGGAAGAAAGAAGGCGAGGCCGCCGCGCUCGGGAGAAGCGGAGUUGUGAAUGUGAAGCGGAAACGCGGCCAAGAGGGUCUGCUGCUCAACGCGGAACAGGAACAAGAAGCGAACGCGACGGACAUGUCGGGCGUCGGUGAGAGGAGAGGCAAGCGGGCUGGAAAAGUGGAACAGACAGGGCACUCUUCAUCUCUCUUAGCUUCCUGGCUACAGGCACACGCGGAGGGUCUGCCGCAGCUCUUCGAAGCACUGACGUGGCAACUCAUGCGUCGCGGCUGUCUUCGGUAUGGUCCUUCCCUCGCCUCUUCAGAGUGCAAAGAAACGUUCUGUGCUCCAAAGGAAAGGUCGAGCGAGACACCAGAUGGUUUUUACACAAGCAAGCGUGGAGACCACUUCAGUGGACGCGGGAGCAUCGACGCAGAGAGUGAGGACGACCGACGCAGGAUGAGUGUUGACGGACUGACGGAGGGCGAAGGCUUUGCAGCAGGGGAGAAGGCCCCGAUGGAAGACGAGGGGAGGGAGGAGAGGUGGGAAUUCGAAGACGCAGCGAGGAUAGGGUCUGUGCGUCGUGUUCAGCCGCACCGGCGACGUGGCUGUGGAGCGAGUGAGGAAGGCAGCGAGAGUGGGAAAUCCGAGAAGCCUUGUGGAAGAGAGGGCGGUGACGGUGGGGGUUUCGCGACUCCUUGGUCUUCCUCAGAGGAGUCCCAACUGUAUCCUCCGGGUCUGUGUUGGACCUGCUUUACCGCCCCCGAAGCAGAAGUUCGAGAAUAUGUCCAGGUCCUCUGGAGGCGGUUCGAGGAGCGGUUUGUCGAAGCGAUGGCCAGUUUUCUACGCUUCGCAGUGUGGCUCAUUUCCGCUGUCUGGCGCCUCGAUGCCUCUCUUCUGUCUCGCCUUCGCGCGUCUCUGCGUGACCCUCCAGGGGAGCCGCAACUUCGUCUUCUUCUUCAGAUUCUCCACCUUCCACUUCACUUUGAAGAGCAGCCAGACCACAGAGCUGCCGGAGAAGCGACAGAGGCGGAGGGGCGCGCGGCAAGGAAGAAGCAAAGCACGGCAGAGGCGCGUGUCAGCCCAGGAGGGCGAGACUCAAAGACGAGGAGAGGGGAGAAGAGGCGCAGCGGAGAGGAGCGGAAACGGAAAACGAGCUCAACAGAUCUCUCCGGUACACAAGAGAACGGGGACGAAACGCUGGGGAAAUCCCCUGUUGACUGCGCGUCCAUUCCUAAGGCAACCUCGGAAAGCGCCACCCUGCGUUAUGCGGAGGGUCCGUCACGCCUCUCGUUUUCAUCGCCGACUCCUCGCACUUGUUCCUUCUCUUUCGUUCCGAAGGAGACUAUUCUGUCGACGAUCUGCCGCCUCAUGUUCAGUCCCGUAGUCGUCGAGGGGGUGGCCGCAGCUACGGAGCGCCGCAUCGACCUCAGUCCGCCGGGAACUGACAAUCUCGAACUUGUUCCUCUUCAUUUGCCUAAAGAUUUCCUCGAUCUUCUGCGUCAAACGCUGCUGCGCAAGUGCCCCCACUGUGGAGAUUGUCCCGAGCACAAGGCCCUGUGUCUCGUGUGCGGCGCCGUGGUGUGCGUCGGCUCGUCGUGCUGCAAGGAGGAAGGCAGCACGCGAGACGCAGCGUGGGGGGAAUGCAUGCUACACGCGCACACCUGUGGCGGCGGCUCGGGUCUAUUUCUUCUUGUUGAACAGUCGAUGCUGUUCGCCGUGGACGGCAGUUCGUGGUUCCCUCUCGAGAGUGUCUACGUAGACGACGGGGGCGAAUCGGACGCUCGUUUCCGGCGAGGCCUUGGGAGGCUGACUUUGCACGAAGCCUGUGCUCGUCAGUUGUCAUGGUUGCUUAUGAAUGGCCGCCUGCUCCCGUUCGUCAGUCGCUCGUAUAUCCGGCCUUUCUCUUUGAGUGACGCGAUGACAGUGCGCUGGCCAUGA